AUGCAGCACCUUGUGUCUUCAGUUGCCAGAAUUGUAGACACUAGUAUGAUAGUCAGAUUUUUCACCCCACAGGGAAUAUGUCAUUCAGCUGUGGAAAUCUGGGGUUUCCAAUCGCCCACUGUUCCAUCUGAUAUCAACAGGUGGAAUGUGAUUAAAGAUAGAGAUAUAAUAUCUUAUCUAGAUGAAAUAGAAUAUAGUAGUACAGAAGUAAAAGAUUUCAUUGGCCCAAGUCAGUGCACUUUCAGUGAAAGGCAGAAAGACAGAAUUUACCUCGAGGAAACUUUAAGGAAUAAUUAUAAAGCAAAAGAAGAGACAACAAGUAAAGAUGAAGCCAGAUUAACACAACAUGUGAAGACUCUAGAGCUGCAGUUGGAAGACCGUGACCGAUGUCUUUUACUGGCACGCCAAGCCAUAUCUCAGCAACAAGAGGCCCUGAAGCAAUCAAAACACAAAAUGGAGCUGAAGAUACGUUCUUGUAAAAAAGAUUAUGAAGAUGUUGUCCUACGUCAUCAGAAGUUCAUAGAUCAGCUUAUUGCAGAUAAAGAGGCCUUGAAUGAGAAAUGUAAAUCAAUAUUGCAAGAACUAAAAGUAGCUGAAUCAAGAUACACAUCAAAUCUAAAAGCUGCAGAGGAAAGACACUGCAUUGAUAUUAAAAAAGUACGUGAAAUGCAUGCAGCUGCAGAAAAAGUACGACGUGAGAAAUGGAUUGAGAUUAAAACUAAGAAAAUAAAGGAAAUGACUGUGAAAGGAUUAGAGCCAGAAUUGAAUCGUAUGUCAGAACAACAUGAAAAAGAGCUGUCAGAGCUCCGUGCACAGCAUGAGAAGGAAAUGUAUAAAGCCCAGCAGGAUGCUGCCCAGCAGCUCAGAGAGCAGGCCCAGCUGCUUCAAGAAGAGUCAAGGAGACGUCAGUUGGAAGAAACAGCACAUGAAGCUGCUAGAAUAAAGGCCAGGUAUGAAAAACAACUUGAAGAGCUGGAAGAAUUGCAACAACAACAAAGAAACAAAUUGCUUGCAGAGUUUUCCAAGGAGAAGGAAUUUUUUACCAAAGAAAGAAAGAAACAUAUGGACGAGUUGAGAAAGCUUAAAGAGAGCCUAAAUUCAGAAAAACUGGAAGAAAUAAAGCAGCUAGAAUGCAAGUGGAGUGAAUCUGUAAAACAGCUUGAAAUAAAGCAUCAGACAGAACUGCAAAUGGUGAGAGAAACAUUGGAAAUGCAGAAGGCUGCAUGGAUGCAUGACUGUGAAAAGAUGCAGAAAUUGUAUCUUCUGGAAAAGGAAACAGAGAUCAGAGAAGAAUAUAAGAGAAACCGAGAUAGAGAAAUUGAAAAAGCAAUUGAAAAACUGGAAGAAGACUGUGAAAGAAUGAAAUCAGAAACUGAAAAAGCAGCAGAAGCAAAGGCAUUGAGACUUAAGGAGCAGUAUGAAGCUGAUGUUAGAGAACUUGAAACUGUGAUUUCAACUCUGAGAAGUAAGUGUGAUGAUAUAAAAGAGAAGCUUGAUGAGAGAGAAGGUGAGCUUGCCCACCUUAACACAAGCAUCAGACAACUGCAAAAAGAGCUUUCAGAAUCUCAAAAGCUUAUUGAGCAGUUUUCAAGUGAAAGAGCUAAUGUCAAAGAGAUUAUUAGAAAAGAAUUUCUAUCACAAAUAAUUAUUCUGGAGGAAGAAAACAUUCAGUUAAGGGAACAAAUUGCUGAAAUGCGAGCAUAUCACCAAAUGGAAAUUUCUGCCAAAGAAAAGGAACUUAGGACUGCAGCUGCUGACAAAGAGCAUGAGUUUCAAGAAUUAUAUAAAAGGGUGAAAGCAGCAAUUGCAAAAAAGGAGAAAGCAAUUCAGCAACUUCAUUUGAAAUAUGAGGCAGCAUUAGAACAGUGUACUCAUCUUGAAGAUGUUUUAGAACAACAUCAGAGAGACCAUUUGUUUCAAUAGCUAAGCAUUAUUUUUCAUUUUGGUCAUUCCUAACAGUAUUUAAUUUAUUGACAUAGAUAAUUUUUACAAAACACAAAAUGCAAAAACAAAUGACAGCUGCAGUCUGUUUCAUAGUGAUAUUUUUAUGAUUGCAUUCUGCUAUGUAUUGAACACUUCACUUACUGUUUCUGUGAAACAUGUAUGUCCUUUUGGAAAACAGCUAUGUUUUCAGGAAAUAAUGUAUAAAUUUACAAACAAACUCUGCAGAAGUAUUAAUCAGAUUUAAGUAAUUAGUGUAACAAAUUUUAAAAAUCUGGUAGAAACACAUUCUUUGUGAAUUCUUCAUUGUCACAGUGAAGCAUGCCAGACAGAUGUUGAAAAAUAUUGAGCAAUACUGCAACACUUAAAUCAAAGAGCUUUCCACUGUAUGCAAGCUUUAUUGCUGUCAAUAAGAGAUAAAUGGAUAGGAUCUUCCUAUAUCUUUCCUUAUAACAAGUCCAUUGUGACAGUGAAGUGUCUCGAGACUUUUGAAAGCUAGUAGCCAUGUUAUUAUCUAUUAGAGACCUGCUUUCAAGACCACCUUUAUGAAUGAUUUACUUGUCCAAAGUUUUUGAAUAAUUAAUCCAAAGGCUAAACUGUAUGACUUACUGCUGCAAUAGAUAAUACAUUUGACUAUACAAUCACAUGGACAGCGAAAUUCAUUUGGACUCCAUGAGCCAAAUAAGUCAACCAUAUGCAUAGCAGUCCAGGUCUGGUUUUUAUGUAAUUUUUUCUCAUUCUCAAAAAAAGCAAGAAAAAAUUCUGUGGACAUCAUUUUGAAUGUCUAGAAGAUGUUAAAAUCUGCAAAUAAUGGGUUCCAACCACUGGACAAAAGGACUAGUGCCAAUAGAGUGAGACAUGUUUUGGAAGGAUAUAACUGAAGAUAUAUCGUGUGUAAAAUGUGUAAACAUCCAAAACAUCAAGUAUACCACAGACAUAAAAUCAGAGAAGCUUUCAUAAUGCCCUCAAAUUACUUCCUGCAAGUGCAGUCACAAACUACCAUGUUGUUGAGUAGAAACUUUGAAUUGGUGGGCAUUUAAUUUUAUUGUUUAUAGAGAAGAUAAAAAAUUAACUAUGCAGUGUAAUGACAAAUUAUAUCUUUUCAUACCUAAAUAUAAAUAAAGAGUUCUCAACUCUCAAGUUAAGCAUAUUUUUGGGCACCUAUGUUACUGUGGUUGCUUUUGUCAUCCUCAAUCAUCUGCUGUUUGAGACAGUGGUGGUGUGAAUAGAAUUAGUGUAAAUUCACCAUCCUGUCUUAAGUGCAGUCCCACAAUACUACUACCAUAAUGUGCACUAAGAAAGGCAACAAAUGUAGUUUGCUGUAAGGUGGUCAUUAAAAACUUAGGAACUGCUUGACAGUCUUACAUCAUUGUAAAUUCAAGAACUUGUUUUAACAGAAACAUUCAAAGAGAAGGCACUUGAUUCAUACAUUUGGCUGAGUACAGUUAAUGGAAACCAUAGUCUCACAUCUUCAAGUAGUGUAUAGCAAUUGUAGUUGUGAGAUAAUGAGAAUAAAGCUUGUGAUAACAAAGGUAAAUGUUUCACAAAGAAAAGUCAGUAUGUAACUGCCAUUUGAUUGACAAAAGGAAUUUUAACUUUGUUUUAGUCAGAAGCUAUAUGGAUACUGGGAAAUAUUUGUGAAGCAACUGUUAGUGAUGACAGAUGAUGGAGGCUCUGUCUAGUUAUUUGUAAGAAAUGCAUUUUGGUGCUGUGACCCAACAAGUACUAACUAGUUAGGUAUAUGUUGUUGUUGCUCUGUCCUUUACAUUUUUCAAUAACUAUCUUUUAUUUUUUUGUGAAAAAUACCAUAUUCCAUUUUUGUAUUCAUUCUGAUAUUCAAACAUUUAAAUAAUAAUAUUUUUAUUAAUAAAUAUUUAGUAUGAUUACAACAAACAAGAAUCACAAGAAGAAAUAAAGAUCUCAUUAUAGAAAUAUGGGAUUUAUGAAAAGAUAAGUUUGUUACUGAAUUUAAUUUUCCAGAAUUCUUAGGAGAUUUCUGUAACAUGAGCUGGAUGAUAAGGAUAUCAAAUUUAGUCCUUAAUAAGAAAAUGAUUUAUAGAAUUAAUUACACAAAAUUAUGUUUUUCAUGUUCUUGUUUUGCACUGUUUACACCUAAUUGUAUUCUCACAUCUGAAAGAAAAAACAUAAAAUAAAAUUUCAGUCCACAGA